AUGAAGUACCGAUCAUUCAUUGAGCUGCUUACUAACUUUUAUUCCAGUUUGCUUAACACCAACGUUGAUGGUAGAAUCAAGAUUAUGUACGCCUUGACCACUAUCCGUGGUGUCGGUCGUCGUUACUCCAACUUGGUCUGCAAGAUGGCCGAUGUUGAUCUCAGCAAGAGAGCUGGUGAAUUGACCCAGGAAGAGUUGGAGAGAAUUGUCACCAUCAUGCAAGAGCCAACCAAGUACAAGAUCCCAGCCUGGUUCUUGAACAGACAAAAGGACGUCGUUGACGGUAAGGACUACCACGUCUUGGCCAACAACUUGGAGUCCAAGCUCCGUGACGAUUUGGAGAGAUUGAAGAAGAUCAGAGCCCACCGUGGUCUCCGUCACAACUGGGGUUUGCGUGUUAGAGGUCAACACACCAAGACUACCGGUCGUCGUGGUAAGAGAAUCUAA